CUACAAUAUGCUACUGAAGUGGAUUGAGAAAGACCAAGAAGCGUCCAUGGAUAAGCUUCAGCAGGAGCUGAGCGACUUUGGCAUGGGCACACUGGCAGAGAAGGUCAACAGGAUAAAGGCUAAACCAAAGUUGGAUGAGCGAACGACAGAUAAAUCGGGCGGGCCAGCUGCCAAGCGGCCGGCAACCGGAGGGUCGUCUCAACAAUUGCAUCAAGACGAACAGCAGACCAAAGAGAAGAUCAGACAGGAGCCUGUACAUAAACACGAUCACAAUGAGACUCGGGAGGCAAUACCAGGGUUGCCGAGCAGAAACUGUGUGGCCAAGUUGGGUUUUCUUGUGGUGAGUAGCUUUGUACAGAAUGCGUUUUAG